AUGGCCGGAGGCGUGCCCGCGCCCCGCAGGCAGUACGACCCAUACUCCAAUACGUACAAUCCGGGCUGGAGGGACCAUCCCAAUCUCAGUUAUGGGAACAGGCAACAAAAUGCAUUUCUAAAUCUUCCACCAGGAUUCCACCAGCCAUGGCAACCAAAAUCGCAACCCUCGUCCUCCAACUCAGGAAGUUCUCUAGAGGACCUAGUCAAAAACCUGGCCACGACUACUACCAACCUAGCCACGACUACUAUCCAGCUUCAACAGGAGAUCAGAUUCUUAGCCGCGAAUACCGCGCAGCUCCAGCAGGACACCAAAGCUGACAAGAAGGACCAAGACGUUCGAAUAAGCCAACUGGCAACUGCCAUCAACCGCUUGGAGUCCCACGUUUAUGGGAAACUGCCAUCGCAACCCGAGGUAAAUCCCAGGAAUGUAAGUGCCAUGACGCUGAGGAGUGGCAAGGAACUGGAAGGGUUAGAAAAGACAAAGAGGGCAGAAAAGGAAAAAGAAAUCCUGGAUGUGUUCCGCAAAAUUCAAGUAAACAUCCCCCUAUUGGACGCGAUCAAACAGGUACCCAAGUACGCAAAGUUCUUGAAAGACUUGUGCGUUAACAAAAGAAAGCUAAGGGGUGAUGAAAGAGUGAUGGUAGGAGAGAAUGUAUCAGCUGUACUACAAAGGAAACUCCCACCCAAAUGCGGAGAUCCAGGACCUUUAAAAGAAACGGGGAUAAUAAUUCAAUUGGCUGAUCGUACAUGUGCUUAUCCGGAUGGGAUAGUUGAGGAUGUUUUAGUGCAAGUAGAUGGAUUAAUUUUUUCUGCUGAUUUUUAUGUGCUUUACAUGGAUGAUAGAAGUGCCCCAAAUCCAUCACCCAUUAUACUAGGAAGACCAUUUUUGAGUACUGCCCAGACUAAAAUUGAUGUUAGUAAGGGCAAGUUUGAUAUGGCUGCCAUGAGAGAAAGUGCCGCUGAGUGGGUGCUUAUGCAUGAGCAUCUCUUUACAAUUGUGGAGGAAGACGGCUUUAACAUUUGA